AUGUCUACUCCCUCUAAUUUAGGUCUUCGCCGCCUUGUAGAAUACGAUAAGCGCAAUUCUCCUCUACUAUCGCUAUCGAACGCGCCUACUGUUGGCGAUACUACGAGCGAGGCACAAGCUGAUGAACUUGUGACGAUAUAUGCGGAUUUCCCCAACGAUGGCGACGACGAUUACGACGGGCUUGAUUUCAAGCGUGUACCGUACCUUGAGCGGCGCCAAGUUGAACGCAGUAGUCGCGGUGGGCCAAAAAGCUGGAUCUACCGCCACGGCUGGGCCGUCUGGCACCGCAAGCACAAGAAGAACUAC